ACCGUUCAUAAGACACACGGUACCAUUUGCCUCCCUAUUUGGAAGCAGGAGACAAUGCAGGGAGCUUUUAUAGCUAUCCUCACCUUUUCUCUUGGGACAGCAGGGGCUGCUCCAAGGUACGUCUGCACCUACUAUGAUGUUGUUGAGUACCUGAACAUUUCCUCUCACAGCAAGCUGCAUGCACACAUACUGCCCAAGGCAGACUCAAAGGAGCCUGUGGAAGUGAAGAUGGAUUUUAUGCUGGUGGCUAUUCUCUCUGUGGUCGAAAAGCUCCAGACAGUCACUUUUUACUUCGUGUUGAACCUGGAGUGGAAAAACACUUUUGCAACAUGGAACCCGCUGGAUUUCUGUAACAUUUCCAAAAUUGUUCUGCCAACAGAUACGUAUUGGUCUCCCCCCAUCUUCAUUUUAGAACGUAACAGAACUCGUCAUGAAGAUGAGACGGACACCAGCAGAGAUGAUGAAAGACAGCCAGAGUUACUUCCUAACUGAUGGAGAAUGGAAGUUCACCAACCUGAGCAUUAUUGAAUAUGUAGAAAAGCUGGAUAAUGAAGAAUUUCCCGUGGUCACCUACAUGAUUUCCAUGGAGAGACGACCCACUCUGUAUAUUUUGAACCUGAUCCUCCCAACGUGUGCCCUGUAUCUGCUGGAUAUGGCUGUAUUGUUUGGACCCAGCUCUCUUGAGGAGAAAAUCAGUUUCCAGAUUGCCAUCAUCCUUGGAAGCUCCAUGUUAGCUGUGAUUCUCAAUAACAUCCUCCCAACUUCCUCCAACAAACCACCCAUAAUAGUGGUAUUCUUCUUAGGCACCUUCCUGCUCAUGAUCAUGGCUGUGUUGGACACCUUCUUCCUAUUGCACCAGCAGCACAAAUCUCUACGCUUGGACAAGGUUCUCAGAAGCUUCCAGCAAGAUGUGCACGCCAAGCUGGCGAGGAGAGCCACCAACAACCAGAUCAUGAAACGCCUCGCCAAGGAAGGCUCUCAACUGCUGAACCUCCCCAAGAAGGCCCAGGAAAAAGGGCAGCCAGCCAAGCCCCACUGGCAACCGCAGGAGCUGGACCCAUUCCUGCCAGUUCUGGAGAAGGUACUUCUCUACAGUCACUUCUUCCUGUCUGUGUUUUUUUUUGCUCUUAUUUCUAUAAAAUGGAGCAGCUAGAGACCACCUCUGCACAGUGCUGGUUUAGUUGUUCUCUGUUGUAUUGCAUCUAACCCAUCCACCGUAAUUUUUUUUCCUGCUCGAUUCAUAAAUUUACAGCUGUGUCAGUUGUCUAAAUAAAAAAAUAAAACCCCAAACCCACAGGGCAUGAGAUCUGCAUGCUUAGUGCUUUGUACUCGAGUUCAGUAGACCUACCGAUGUUCCUGAAGUAUUCCGUGGGCUAGCAAGUUAUUUGAAUAAAACAAUUGUGACAU